AUGCGUACUAUUUAUGAGGUGUGCCUCUUUUUUGUCACUGUGGGCUUCACGUCCUGCACCAUUGGUGGCUCGAAUUACAUGGAAUCUUCAAAUCUGAAGCUCAGGGAGGCCAACAACAACGACUGCAAUCCCCUCUACUGGUACCCAAGACAUAUUCCUGAACAUUGCUUGGUGUUCCUCUUUUCGUUCGUUAUUGGCAUCACGUCCUGUAGCAUUGCCGGCGUGAAUUACAUCGACAUGACAACUGCGAAGUCCACCAAGACCAAAAACGACGAGUGCAACCCCCUCUACUGGUACCCCAGACACAUGCCAGACCACUGCUACGUUAAGGAUCCAGCGCCACUUCUUCCACAGCCCAUUCCCAUUCCAAUACCAGUUCAAAUGCCGCCCGUUGCUGUUCCAUACCCCCCACCCCAACCGUAUCCUUACCUCCCAAUGCCUUUAUCCCAGCCUGUUCCUUGGGGAUCACCAUCUAUACCCAUGGCCCCACAACCUAUGGGAUAUCCACAAAUACCUUGGGCCCCUCCAUCAAUGCCUACGGUUCCUCAACAAUUCCCUGUAAUACCACCACAAACGAACCCAACAAACAGCAGCUGCUUCUGCCCACCAUGUUUAGUACCAGGCAUUCUGUUCCCACCCCCACCAGUGCCGACUGACCCUUGCCAAUGUCCCCCGUGUCCACCUUGCCCUCCUCCCCCUCUGAUUUACCCCCAGGAAAUACCAUACGGCAUACCCCUUAACCCCACCCUACCUAUGCUACCCCAAUCAGCGUUAUCUUAUUUACCUCCUGCACGUCCCCCACUUCCCCCACCUAUAAUGCCAGCUCCUGUACCCAAUGUGGGAAUGGUUCCUGGCAUACCAGGAAUAGUAAGCAAAGACGGAGGAAUUAAUGUGCUCCCCUUCUCCGACGCGUACGCAGAUAUACUUGAAAAACACAAGAACAAGCAGUUUAGGAGAAAAUAUAGCAAACUAAUUAAGGAUUAUGAAAGGAAGCGACGGUAUUAA